GGUCCCCCUGCUGGCCAUGUUUGUAACUACUUUAAUACUCAGUGAACCUGACAGGCGGUAGGACCCAGAGGAGAUGUACAGGACAGGACAGCGCUGCCCGGUAAACAUGGCGGACCAUAACAAGAGCGACGCCGAGGGGUUCUUCGGUGAAGUGUUAAGCCCGUCUGAGCUGUUUGCAGCCCGGUCCAGGAGUCACAAGAUCCCGGUCCGAGGUCAGAAGGACUUCUUCCCCAAUGAGUCAGACGAGCAAAGACAGCGACUGGAGCAGAGUCUCAACGAACACUGGAGCCUCAUAUCCGAGGAGAGAGUGGAGAGAUUAGGAAACCUGGUGAAGGCCACAUGGCUUCCAAGUGAGCAGAUAGUGGAGCUUCAGUCUCCUGCAGGGAAGUUCUGGCAGACGAUGGGCUUUUCUGCCAGCGGCAAGCAGCAUCUCCUCCCUGAAGAGGCUCUGUACCUGAUGGAGUGUGGGAACCUGCAGGUGUUCUACCAGAAGCUGCCGCUGUCCAUCCAGGACGGCUACGAGAAGUUUCUGUCCUCGAGCACAGUGAGCCUCCAGCAGUAUCAGGUGUUCGCACAUCUGAAGAGGCUCGGCUACGUGGUGCACAGAUUCGAUCCCAGUUUGGAGCCGUCGUCCUACGCGAGGCAGCUGAACCUGCUGCAGUCACGUGACCGGGCGGUGAAACAGCUGAAGAGGAAGCGCAGCGCCAGUCCCACGGCAGCAUCCAGUCAUACAGAAGUACAAGAAACACCCACAGCUGACAGAAUGGAGGAAGAUGAAUGUGGCCCUGAACGUGGUGAGGACAAAAAACCUCCUGAAUCUUCCCUGACGGCGUCUGCAGGGACUGCCGCUGCAGCUUCCUCGGAUGAAGGCGGGGGCAGGACCUGGUGGAUGACGGACGAUCUCGGGGAGCGAUCGGAUCACCAGCCCGCCUCUGGUCGCUCACGCUGGCACUUCGGCUCCAUCCCUUUCCCUGACCUGGGCUCCAGGGGGAGCUCCUCCAGCUGCCUGGUCCCUCCAGACCCCUCUCUGCUCCCUGGGUCUGUCGCUGUGGGAGUCUGUGACAUCGCCCCCUGGAGGCGGAGGAUAAACCAGCGGGAGGUGAAGAUGUCCUCAAAGGAUCGGAGGAGGGAGGAGGACAAGCGAAGGCGCCGGUGGGACAUCAACAGAGACAGAGAGGUUCGGCGCUGCAGAAACUGGGCGGAGUAUCGGGAGCUCCUGGCGAGGCGGGAGGGGAGACGUAAAGGCCGACCAGCUCACCUGUGGAACAGAGAGGUCACUCCUCUCCAUGACCCCAGACAACCAAUCCCCACUAAGGAGCUGCUGGAUAAACUGAGUGUGAUUAAAUCGACACAUCUGCUGGAGGACGCAUCCAGUAUAAAAGCUUCAGACGAGUGGAGGAUUUGUUUCAAUGUUUACCAGCCGGAUACGGUGGCCGACUUCAAGAAGAGCAACCCGGGGAAACCUUACUCCCGCAUGUGUGUGUGCAGUUUCGACGGUCCCGUCCCCGACCUGCGAGCCAUCAAGCUCCUGACCUCCCAGAGUGGAGACGUCCCGGUGGUGUUGGCGGUGGUCGACCACGGAGACAUCUCCUUCUACACCUUUAAAGACUUCCACCUGCCCACUGACGUGUUCCCCUGAGACCUCGCUGCUCUUCAACAACACCGCAGGACUUUUAUAUCAGCCUGCAUCUGUUGGGUCGAUCGGACAAGAGACAUAAAAACACGUCUUUUUUUCUUAAACGAUGUGAAGACGAUCCUGCAAAAUGCUUGUUUGUGUUUUCGUGCCAAAAGUUUGAAUCCUCAGGUCGUUUCUGUGGGAAAGGUGGAGGCUUGUGCCAAAAUCUGGUAGUUUUUUAAUUCUUUUUUAUUGGUUUUCAUGAUUUGUUUGACCUUUUGAAAGUGUUUUGAGACACAACAGGUCAUUUUACAGCAUCAGCACUGCAGUGAGGAGGAAAAUAUUAAAAUUAAAGUGAAGGUCUCCUUGUUCUUGAGUUACACACACUUGUCUUCCUACUUUUUUAGGCGAUAAAACUUGUCUGAAUGAACUGUGUCUUCUUGUGCAGCUCUGAUUGAUGUUCUGUUCUCUAUCUGAGAGGCUGUAAUCAAAUGAAUGCUUCACUUUGCACGUUAGUUUUGCUCUUUGAGAAAUGUGGUUCAUCAUGCAAACUAUAAAUGCAACUCAUCAGGAACAGUAUAACCUAAAAACUAACAUCCAGUCAUCCUCUCCUCCCUCCACGCUGAUGGAAAGUCAGAUGGAGUUUCUUAGUCCACAAAACAUUUCUGGAGCUUCGCAGUAAAACGGAGUUGCAGCAUAAAAUGCAUGGAAGCAUAAAACGGCUCCACGCAGCUCGCCCAGUGUAAAUCUCCAGAGUUGAUUUGAAAAGACGUCGUUUACACCCUCGACUCGUGGUCGAGCUCCUGCACCGACUUCCAAGAAUCCAGAAAUUGUCAUUGUUGUUGCAAGAUUGGACAUUUUCCAACAUGUAAAUGAUGUUUUUUCAAAUCACUUUGGGAUCUUGUGGGCUUCUGGAGACUUUGAUUACAGCAGACGAACUGUGUGGAGCCUUUUGAUGUUGUCUUUUAGUUGUUUUUCUGUUUUAUAUCAAGUCUCCAGCUCCUUCAGUUGUUUAGCGAUGUGAUGCUGCAUCACUGUUUUGCUCUGAAGCUCCAGAAAUGUUUUGUGAGCUACUGAGAUGAUGUCUGGACAUUUUUGCAUGAACUGUUCCUUUAAACAGAUUUAUCUUAAGGUUGACUUACAAACUUUUUCUUGGACUUUCAUCCUCGUCGGCCACUUUGCAGAUGGAGAUCGAGUUAAUAAGUGGAUCUUGAGUUGAGAGUAAGAGUGAAAAUAUGACAUUCACAGUGAGACUCUUCGGUCCAGUCAUUACUGGUGCUGGAGUUCUUGUUUCUUGUGUGAGAUGUUACUAAUGUGCAGGUUCUUUUUCUACAUUUUCUAAUUAAUAAAACCUUGAAUCAUUUCUA